AGAUUUGAAUUUGAACUCUAAUAGGAAGAGAAGGUUGUCUAGGGGAUCAUGUUCUCUAUCCAGAAAUGGAAGUGUUCAUGGUCCACAGUGGCUGCAGUUGCUUCAAUUGUGACAUUGGUUUCAGUUGUUCAUUUAUUCCUGUACCCGGUUGUGCCCUCCUUGGAUUACCUUAGGACAUUUCAGAAUUCUUGUGUCAAUAUAAAUAGAUCCAAUGAAGCAGAAAAAAUUAUUCUGAAAGAUGAUAAGUCAGCUGAAAGUAGCCAGAAGAAUACAACAGGCAAUAUAUCAACUGAUGGAAGUGAAAGGAAUGUUGAUACAAGGGCGACGCCAAUGAUUGAUCUGAAUGUCAAAUUUCCUGUUGAUUUACAGAAUGCUAUGGUAUAUCGAGGUGCUCCACGGAAGGGUGAGGUUAGCCGGUGGUUAGCUGGUUGCAACUCAAAUACUUCUACAGUUAAAGUCGUUGAGACUUUCUUGACCUUGAAACUCAGCGGAAGGGCAAGGCUAAGGAGUGAUUGUUGGUGUAUUGCUGUUCGGCCAUCCACAGUUCCAGGUUGGAUCUUUUUCUGUCUCCUGUGGCUGAUAGUCGCUGUCAGGACUUCUUCGAGUCUACAGGGUGAGCACGAGAUGUCAGUUCCUUGAAGACUCCUCCUUAUUUAUGUCUUACUUUCCCAUCCUGAGACAUAUACAGAUUUGAUGUAGUAUUAUAUUUCCAUACUUGUAUAUUUCAAAUUCUAGAUGCUCUUGUAUGGCUUAGACCAGACCCUGGGUGUAUUUCUUUAUUUCCGCACUUUUUCUAUUUUAUUAUCGUAAGACUUACAUGAUUAUUAUCUU